AUGCGCUGUUUUCUGCUUUGGAUAACACUCGGUGCAACGGUCGUUGAGGGUGUCGGGUCCCAACAAGGGAUACCUCUAUCUGUAGUGAAGCUGUGGGCCUCUGCUUUUGGGGGGGAAAUUAAGUCCAUCUCUGCCAAGUACUCAGGAUCCCAGCUGCUGCAGAAGAAAUAUAAAGAAUUUGAGAAAUCUGUUCGCAUUGAAGAGAUUGACGGACUGAAACUGGUGAAAAAGCUGUCGGAAAGCUUGGAGGACAUGUUCCACAAGAAAGAGGAAGCCAUGAGGCGGUUAGUGGAAGCAGCUGAAGAAGCAGACUCACAGCAUGAAGAGGAUCCUGACCUGCAGUAUGAAUACUUCAAUGCUGUGUUAAUUAAUGAAGUAGAUGAAGAGGGCAAUUAUGUGGAACUGGGCAAGGAGUUCAUUCUGGAGCCAAAUGAUCAUUUUAAUAAUCUGUCAGUCAACUUGAGCCUCAGUGUCGUUCAAGUCCCAACCAACAUGUACAAUAAAGAUUCUGCCAUAGUGAACGGGGUGUAUUGGUCUGAGGCUCUGAAUAAAGUGUUUGUGGAUAAUUUUGAGAGAGACCCAUCGCUAAUAUGGCAGUACUUUGGCAGUGCUAAGGGAUUCUUUAGACAGUAUCCAGGUGUAAAGUGGCAUUCAGAUGAACAUGGAGUAAUCGCCUUUGACUGUAGGAACCGCAAAUGGUACAUCCAGGCAGCGACAUCACCGAAAGACGUGGUGAUCCUGGUGGACGUCAGUGGCAGCAUGAAGGGCCUGCGCCUGACCAUCGCACGCCAGACGGUCUCAUCCAUCCUGGACACGCUCGGGGACGACGACUUCUUCAACAUCAUUGCCUACAACCAGGAGAUUCACUACGUGGAACCAUGCUUGAAUGGGACACUGGUCCAAGCAGACCAAACUAACAAAGAUCAUUUCAGAGAACAUCUGGACAAGCUGUUUGCCAAAGGAAUGGGUUUGCUUGGGAACGCCUUGACCGAGGCUUUCACUCUCCUCAAUGAGUUCAACCAAACAGGUCGUGGCAGCCUGUGCAGUCAGGCCAUCAUGCUGGUGACAGACGGGGCUACAGAUAUGUACGACUCCGUGUUCGCUAAGUACAACUGGCCUGACAGAAAGGUGCGCAUCUUCCCCUACCUGAUUGGCAGAGAGUCGGCCUUCGCUGAUAAUCUGAAGUGGAUGGCAUGUGCAAAUAAAGGCUAUUUCUCCCAGAUCUCCACUCUGGCUGAUGUGCAGGAAAAUGUGAUGAGGUACCUACAUGUGCUGAGCCGGCCAAAGGUGAUCGACCACGAGCACGACACCGUCUGGACUGAAGCCUACAUGGACAGCUCGCUCCCUCACACGCAAAAGCUGGGGGAAAAGAAGGGUCCAUUUCUGAUGACCACUGUGGCCAUGCCUGUGUUCAGCACAAAGAACCAGACUAGGAAUCAGGGUAUUCUCCUCGGUGUGGUCGGCACUGACAUUCCCAUCCAGGAGUUGUUGAAAGCAGUUCCAAAACAUAAGUUGGGUAUUCACGGAUACGCCUUCGCCAUCACCAACAAUGGGUACAUACUGACCCACCCUGACCUACGACCUCUGUAUCAGCAGGGAGGGAAGAGAAAGAAGCCAAACUACAGCAGUGUGGAUCUGUCAGAAGUGGAGUGGGAAGACAAAGACCAUGUUCUGCGUACUGCCAUGGUGAACAGGAGGACUGGAACAUUUUCCAUGGAGGUGAAGAAGACUGUGGAUAAGGGGAGACGCGUCCUUGCAAUGCACAAUGACUACUACUAUACUGACAUCAAAGGAACACCAUUCAGUCUAGGCGUGGCUCUGACCAGGGGUCAUGGCAAGUACUUCUUCAGAGGGAAUGUGACUGUCGAAGCAGGGCUCCAUGACCUGGAACACCCAGAUGUGGCUCUGGCAGAUGAAUGGAUCUACUGCAAUACAGAUGAGCACCAUGAACAUCGAUACCUGUCCCAGAAACAAGCCAUCAAGCUCUACCUCACAGGACGCAAGCCACACCUUAAAUGUGACAAGGAGCUGAUUCAGGAAGUUCUGUUCGAUGCUGUAGUGACGGCUCCACUGGAGGCAUACUGGACCCGCCUUGCCUUAAACAAGUCUGAGAACCCUGAUAAAGGGGUGGAGAUUGCCUUCCUUGGCACCCGUACUGGGCUCUCCAGAACCAACCUGUUUGUGGUCCCGGAGCAGCUGACCAAUCAGGAUUUCCUCACAGCUGAGGAUAAGGAAGGGGUGUUCAAUGCUGAUCAUUUCCCACUCUGGUACAAGCGAGCAGCAGAACAGGUCCCUGGUACCUUUGUCUACUCCAUCCCUGUCAAUUCAAGGACAGAUAACAAAAGUGUCGUAUUAGCCAGCACAGCUAUCCAGCUUCUGGAUGACAGGAAGUCCCCUAUCGCAGCUGCUGUUGGGAUCCAGAUGAAGCUGGACUUCUUCCAAAGAAAAUUCUGGACAGCAAGCCGCCAGUGUGCGGCGCUGGAUGGGAAGUGCAACCUCAGCUGUGAUAAUGAGAACAUAAACUGUUACCUCAUAGACAACAAUGGUUUCAUUCUGGUAGCAGAGCAAUCAUCUCAGACGGGCCUGUUUUUCGGAGAGGUGGAAGGAGCUGUGAUGAACAAACUGCUCCUCAUGGGUUCUUUUAAAAGGGUGACUCUCUACGACUACCAAGCCUCCUGUACCGUGUUUGUGGAGAGCAGCAACAGUCCACACAGUUUGCUAGAUCCCUACUUGGCAUUUGUUGCUGCUGUCAAGUGGCUUGUGACGGAACUUGUCAUAUUUCUACUGGAGUUCAAUCUGUACAGCUGGUGGCACUCUGACCUCACAGCCAAAGCUCAGAGGGUAAAGGGGAAAACUAUGCUGGUGCCAUGUGACACAGAGUAUCCCGCCUUUGUCUCUGAGCGUACCAUUAAGGAGACCACCGGCAGCAUUGACUGUGAUGGAUGUGUCAGGUCGUUUGUGAUACAGCAGAUCCCCAGCAGUAACCUGUUCAUGGUGGUGGUGGAUAAUGAGUGUGACUGCAGCUCCUCCCCUCCUGUUACCAUGGAGCCCAUUGAAAUCAUUUACAAUGAAUCUCUGAAGUGCGAGCGCUUGAAGUUCCAAAAGGACAGGAAACGCCCUGAUUCCUGCCAUCCUUUCCAUCCAGAGGAAAAUGCUAUGGAAUGUGGUGGAGUACUAGGCCUCAAUCCCCAGCCCAUGGUGACUCUGCUCUCCCUGCUCUGCACCUUGCUCGCCAGGUGA